GAUGGGUUUAGUCACGUGACAUUAAAGAGGACAUUGCCCCAUUUUUAUUAAUGCGUCUUUGAAGUGAGAGCUCUAGCAAAUCAACCAAAUCGGGCACCGCAUUUACAUCAAACUACGGUGCAGCAUUCGGAUUUUCAGACUCUCACCUAACUCUAGACUAACCCUAGAGGAUUCAACAAAUCGCCAAGAUGCUAUUCUUUAGCUUCUUCAAGACGCUCAUUGACCACGAGGUGACGGUCGAGCUCAAGAACGACAUCCAGAUCCGAGGCACGCUGAAGAGCGUCGAUCAGUACCUCAAUAUCAAGCUGGAUGACAUACAGGUUGUCGAGGAGAUCAAGUACCCGCACCUGAGCUCCGUUAAGAACGUCUUCAUCCGAGGCUCGGUCGUGCGCUACGUCCAUCUCCCUGCCGCAGCCGUAGACGUACCGCUUUUGGAGGACGCAACGAGAAGAGAAGCCGCGCAGCAAGCCGGUAAGGGGAAAUGAGCAGAUGGCACUCGGGGAAUCUAGGACAGACCAGGCCUAGUCAACAAAAUGAAAAUACGGCAAUACGAUACGGGUUGGUUAGCAAGAAUCCCGCUGUCAAUAUUAGCAGGCGAGACCGAAGGCGUAUUAUUGACAUGCAUAGCACAGAAGACGCGGGGGAAUGAACGGGUAUGUACUUUCGCCGGUUCCAGCAUGAAGGAGGAAAACGGAACCAGGUAAAGCCGUCGGAAGACCUGGAAAGAAAUAAUUAGUGUCGUUAUGAUACCACGAAUAUGGAUGGAGAUGAGCCCGUAUAGAUUGGUGACUAUUAUAAUCCUCUAAUUCUGCCUCGUGAU